UGGUCAAACGUAAGUUUGUCAUACUUCAAACUGCACGUGGUAAUCUGACAAGACAGACGACAAAAAAUAGAAUAUUGCCUAAAAUGGAUUCUCUAGACGAAUUCCUUCAAUUUUUAACUCCUGAUACAAGACUAGAUCUAAAGGUUUUCGCAGUAGAACAAGUUUUAGGCAUGACAGCAAAAGAAGAAGGCCGAGCUCUGAUGUGCAAAAACUUGAAAAUAUUGCAACAUCUAAUCAAGCUCUGUGAUGAUAAAGUGCCUGGAGUUGCUCGGGAUUCCUGUCUUGCUCUUGUGAACAUAUCAGGCGAUGAAGAAGGGGCACUCGCAUUGCUCUCUGAAGAGCAUGGCAAUACUGAGAGUCAGGGGUUUGUGAGGCAGAUGAUAGACCUCGCCCUUGAUCCGCAGAGCCCUCUUGCAGAUCCUGCACUGAUGGUCUUAUCAAACAUCACUCGACCAUCUCAACUAACGAGUCAGAUUCUUUCACUUAUCGUUGGUGAUGAUAGAAAAGACAGUUAUGAUGAGAAGAAAGUCUAUGAACUACUGGAGCGUAUCAUGUCAGCUCUUACCUCUACAAAAUACAAUUCUUUAGGUGCUAAUUUACAUUAUCUAGGACCCCUGCUCAGCAAUCUCAGUCAGGUGCCAGUUGUUAGGAGGUUCAUAUUGGAUCAUGAGAGAAAAGUGAUUCAUCGAUUGAUUCCCUUCACUGAGUUCAAGGAUUCACUUGUGCGAAGAGGGGGUGUGGUUGGAUGUUUAAGGAAUUGUUGCUUUGAUAUGGAUGAACAUUCCUGGCUUCUUGGUCCAGAUGUUGAUAUUCUUCCCCAUUUAUUGCUACCUUUGGCUGGCCCAGAGGAAUUUGAUGAUGAGGAUAAUAGUAAACUUCCAGUUGACCUGCAAUGGCUUCCUGAAGAUAAGAAAAGGGAGAGUGAUCCUGAUAUCCGAAGAAUGUUACUAGAGGCGCUAGAGCAACUCUGCGCGACAAAAAUUCAUAGAGAAUACAUGAGGGAACAUAAUGUCUACAUUAUUCUGAGAGAACUUCACAAAUGGGAAAAAGAUCGCCAAGUGCUCCUUGCAUGUGAAAAUCUGGUAGACCUGCUAAUCAGGAAAGAAGAGGAGAUCGGAGAAGAUAAUUUGCGCUCAGUUGAAGUUCCCGAGGAUCUUGUCUCAAAGUUUGAGAAGAUGGACAAAGACUUUUUGGAAGACAACUAAUUUUUUCUGAAACAUAUAUUUUAAUCUGUACAUUGAAAAAGAUUUAAAUAUAUUACCGCGGUACCUGUUCA